AUGACUGAACCCAGGGGUCAGACGAAGAGUUCAAAUGCUACAAGCAGCGAUGUGAUGGAGCUGCAGUCUGCUUCAUUUGACCCCAAUGUCCCAUCUUCAUCUUUCUCUCCAAAAGUUGUCCAGAGCAACUUCAGGAGAGUCAGCCGCACAGAGGACAGCAGUCCCUAUCCAAUGCCCGGCCUGGCAGCAGACUUCCUGCACAUGCGAGUGAAAGAAGGAAGCAAGAUCCGCAAUUUGCUGCGAUUUGCAACAGCUCGCAUGCAAGGGGAGGGGAGAGACAGCGGUGGGACAUUACUGAGACAGGUGGUCUUCUCUGGCUCAGGAAGAGGAGUCACCAAGACCAUCACCUGUGUGGAGAUUCUGAAACGUAAAGUGGGAGAACUCCACCAGGUGUCCAAGCUCUACUACACGACUGUGAAUGAGGUCUGGGAGAGUCCACAACAGGGAGCUGCAGGUGUAACCAUGCAGAGGACAGUCCCUGCUAUCUGUAUCCUGCUCUCUAAAGACCCUCUGGAUCCCCAGGAGCCUGGAUAUCAACCCCCCCAGAGCCUGAGUGCUCCCACAGAGGAAGCAGAGAGAUGUAGUGGUCUGAUCAGGCCGGCUCACAGUCCCACCUCACAGCACACAGCUAAGAGAGUCUGUCUGGAUGACUGGAGUGAAUGUUGUCCAUGA